GUAGCGCACGAUCGCUUCGUUCCUGCAUUAGCCCAUACAUCCGUCAGUCCACUUGCAGAACUCCAACGCACGCCGCCCCUGUCACCCUGUUCCGUUUCCCCCUUUCAGUGGCCACUUAUUUCGGCCCGGGCUGCAUGCUCGUAAUCUCCCUUCUGUACAUAAGACCGCAGUAUGCUCUCUAUGUAGUUUUUCUUCCUUACUUCACAGCCAACUCUUCGAGCUUAAGUCCUUUGACCUUCGGUCGUCCAUUCGUUGUUUCCAACUAAUACUAUCCUUAAUUAAUACCCAACGCUCCAAACUCUCUCACCACCACCACCACCACUUUCAACCACUCCAAACCAAAACCAACCUCCAAUCAGCCAAAAUGCGUUACACCAUUGCCGCCGUUGCUGCUUUUGCCAGCCUUGCCACCGCCGCUCCCGGCUACGGCUACGAGGCCCCUGCUGCCUCUACCCAGGUUGAGGAGUACCCUACCUACCCUGCUACCUCCAAGACCUCUGAGGCUCCCGCCUACGCUGCGUCUUCCGUGGCUCCCGCGUACCCAGUGUACCCCGUCUCAUCUGAGACUCCUGCAUACCCCGCGUCUUCGUCCACUUGCACCGAGGAGCUCACCGUCUCCACCAAGACCCCCGAGGCGUCUACCAAGAUUCCUGGUUACCCUGCCUCCUCGAUGGCCCCCGGGUACCCUGCCUACCCUGCCUCGUCCAAGACCCCUGAGGUCCCGGUUGCGUCUUCCAUCCCCGGUGGCUGCAACCCUGCUCACCCAGGCUCGUGCCCAUCGUCCGCAACCGUUCCUGGUUACCCUGCGUCUUCCGGCUAUGACUUUACACGAUGGGAUGCAUUUGCAUUCUUGGAGUAGACGUGUUGGUGUCAGGAUCGGUAAUUGUAAUUGGUCGAAGUCGUUUGUAGGAAAUUGAAAACUUAAAAACUACGUUUGUCCAUAGUUGUGAUUUG